AAUUCGAUCCAAAGGAGCUCUAUUCGUAUAGCUGGUGUCAAAAUGAACAUAGACAACAAAUUGCGCAGCAGGGAGCACGGGUUCUCCAACGAGCGGACCUACGAUUUCGCCCUGCGUCGUCUGUGCGUGGCCAAAGAGGACAGCUGGCGGGGAAUCGCUCCGGCCAACUACUGCCCGGACUUCAACCCAGAGCCGCCCAUAUUUUCGGCCAAGUUUGCCAAUUGCAACGGCUAUAGGCACAUUCUGGCCAUAGCCAAUGAGGAUGGCAAGAUCACACUGCAGGACACCACACAGCGCAACCACGAGCCGGAGGAGCAGUCCCUGCCGGGGCCACAGUGCCAUUACAAUGCAGUCUUCGACCUGGAGUGGGCCCCGGGGCAGAUGCGGUUCGUUUCCGCCUCGGGGGACCACACAGCACGGCUCUGGGAGGUGGCUGGCUCGGGCAUUAGGGGACUCAACUCGUAUAUUGGCCACACACGAUCCGUUAAGUCGGCCGCCUUCAAGCGAACAGACCCAGCCGUGUUUGCCACUGGCGGGCGAGACGGAGCCAUUCUCAUCUGGGACAUACGGGCCAAUCUCAACAUGGAUUUGACCUCUCGCGUGGACAACUGCAUCUACAGCGGGCACACGGGGGGACCGGGCACGCCCGUCUCGCAGCGAAAGCAGCGCUCACGCACGCCCAAGAUGUCGUCCAGCGCCACCUCGAGCAGCAUCACGGGAUUGGCCUUCCAGGACGACAACACCCUGAUAUCCUGUGGCGCUGGCGACGGUGUGAUCAAGGUAUGGGAUCUGCGACGCAACUAUACGGCCUACAGGAAGGAGCCGCUGCCCAGGCACAAGCUGCCGUAUGCCGGACACUCCACCUUCCGGGGAUUUACCAAUCUCAUUGUGGAUGCGGCAGGGACGCGGCUCUUUGCCAACUGCAUGGACAACACGAUCUACUGCUACAAUCUGGUAUCGUACUCCCCCAAGCCGCUGGCCUGCUACAAGGGUCUGCUGAAUUCCACCUUCUACAUCAAGUCCUGCCUAAGUCCGGAUGGAAAGUACCUGUUGAGCGGCAGCAGUGACGAGCGGGCGUACAUCUGGAACCUAGAACAUGCAGAGGAGCCGCUGGUGGCUCUGUCGGGCCACACGGUCGAGGUGACCUGCGUCGCCUGGGGCUCUUCCCACGACUGUCCCAUUGUCACCUGCAGCGACGAUGCGCGGCAUAAGAUCUGGCGCAUGGGACCCGACCUGGAGGGUCUUAGCGAGGCCGAGAGGGCGGACAAGUAUCGCGGCCAUGCAAGCUAUGUGCGCCAAUUCAGCAAAAAGUCCACGGCUCCGGCCACCGGCAACCACAAGUACAACCUGAGGGAUCUGGAGUCUACGCCACGCUCGCUGAAGCGCCUGAUGGACCAGAACGAACGCACGCCCGGCUCCAUCGAAAAGGUGGCCAUGAAGCGUUCAUUUCUGGACAUGCUGGGCGUGGCCAGCAGCGAGGUAGAUGCCGAGCAACCGCAGAAACGAACCAAGCCCCUGGAAUCCCGCGGAAGGCGACUCUUUGGGCCCUCUAGCCAAGAGCCCACUUGCAGGCAUAUUCAGCUGCCGCCGAUUGGCGAGGAAGAAGCAUCACCCAGCAAAAAGCAAAAGGAGAACGCAGCCGCCGAUGAUAUUUCCCCGGGGACCAAGCUGCUAAGCCUCAACUCCUCGCCGGCCCACUCGCCGCUCAGCGAGAAUGUCAACCACAUAUACGCCUCACCACCCACCACAUCCGCAGCUGCAGCUGCAGCAGCGGCGGCGGCAGCGGCUGCCUCCGAGGGAGCUGGCCAGCAGCCCCUCUCCUCUGUGAUCUACUCGCCCACAUCGAACCUGCCCAACUACGUGCUGGACGGGGAGGCACCGCAUCUGGCCAUAAUGUCGCCCAAGCGCAAGGCCAAGGAAAAGGUCGACUGGCUGACGAACAUACGCAAGCAGAAGCUGAUGAACGGCAGGGCGCACGUCUCGCUCAGCGACAAGAUCAACGAGGAGCAGCAGCAGGCCAACUCUGUGGAUGUUUUGGCCUCGCCGCGUCUCCAGUGCCUCCGUCAGUCGGAGUGCAGUCCCCGCUUAAAGGCCACUCCCCGGCGGCGCAUCUCGCACACUGAUGCUGGAGGUGGUGCGGGCGGCUCAAGCGGAUCCAUACCACAACCACAGCCACGCACACCCACCUCCAGUCGCCGGAACAGUGAGACAACACUGCUCCGCUUCUUCAGCGUUCAGCGCAGCAGCAGCGUGGCACCCGACGAGACGGCGACAGCGUCGGGGCCAAGCGAGAUGUCGCCACCUCCAUCGGUCACGCCGCUGACACUGCGAACGCCCACGACAGCGGUGGGAAGCGAUUAAAAUGUCGCCUAACAAAUGGGGAGAAUCGUAUCCCCUCGUCGUAUUAUUGUACCCUUAGUUUUAAGCGGACAUUGUUGUAAGCUAUUUUAUGUAGAUCCUAGCUUGAAUCUUAUUUUCGUUGGGCGAGUUGGUAACCAAUUCCCCCGGCACUUUGUACAGCGCCACUACAAAAGACUAAAUAAAAGUACAUCCAUAAAUA